AUGGAAACAGUUUCAGAACCUAUCAGAACAAACCCACACCGUGUCUCUGACAAAUCCCUUUAUCAAAAACGCGACUUCAACAAACCCACCCAGCCAACUCACAACAAACACAACACCCCAAAGCCCAAGGUGUAUGUCAAAAAAGUGACCGACGAAAAAGAACUUGCCCAGCAACGAAAAUUUAAAAAGAACAACUCAAUUUUUUUAAAACAAUUAACACAGCGCAGAGUACGUACUUAUAAAUGUAUCAAUACAAUUAACGCCGAGAUUAUUGGCUUGGAACAAUCAAAAGGACUUCCAGCAGAGAAACUUGCUAAAGUCAUUGAGUCUGAUCUUCCUCAGUACAACCUCGGUACCUUUUUCUCUGCAUUUCCAGAACCACUUUCUGAUAUCCCAAGGAAGUCUCGACACAUCAAAAUUGCUGAAGACUUUGAUGAGCGUCUCAAAACAGAAAAGUCCAAAACAGUUCUUUCGGCUACUAAAAAGACGCAAAAAGUGUUUUACGAAUUAGUCGACGCUGCUGCCCGAAUUGGCAUCUCAAGAGAACCAAUUUUGGUUGCACUGUUCUACAAUUAUGGACUCUCAUUACUUAAUAACAUGACACGAAGAGCCGCAAAGUUCAUGAACGACUACAAGAAGGAAGGCGACGAGUUCCUCAGAAACAUUCAAAAGAAAUACGAAGCGGAAAAGCCUGGGAGAGACUUGAAGAUUCGAAUUAAAAAGUACAAUCAAUUAGAUGGAAAUGUUGAAAUCAUUAGGUCGAUUGUCAAGUCAUUGGAAAAGACUAUAACUCUAUUGAAAGAUCCAAAGAGCAAAAUCAGUACAAUUUCUCCGGAGGGCAUUGAGGAGUUUGUGUGUGAUGAAGAGUCGAUAGAGUCAAUUAAUAACAUCAUUCAAUUAAAAAUGAAACAAAUAGAAAAGCUCCAAAAGCAGAAUGAUGAAUUUGUGAAGCACGACGAUGAGCUAAAACGUUUAACGAAGUACAAUACACUCCAUUAUAUACUCGUGUUGGAUCACAAGAAUCCACAUGUCAUGGAUUUGGAUAUGAAAGCGUCUUAUUUUGAUCAAGUGAAAAAGUCUGAAGAGAAAAUCAAACAAUUUGCAGCGGAAAACCAGUUCAAAAAAGAUGUUUGUAUUCCUGAAGAAAUAGUUGGAAGGUAUCUGCCGAAGUUGAAUGGGAAGGUGAAAGAAAGUGUAGACGAAGAGUUCAUCCCAAAAGUCGAAGAAGUAAAUAAGACGGCGAAAUGGGGUGUAACACAAUUGGUGAGUCAAAAAGCAUUGGACAAAGCAAAGAAUAACACCUUUGAGAUCAGUUUAACAGAUUCAUUUGAAUAUGACCUUUUGGAAAGAACUUUUAGAGUGUUUGGGAACGGCUCGAUAUACAAAGUUACAAAGGAGAAUGCGAAUUACCCAAGAAGAGUCGAAAAGUACCAUGGCACUAUUGUGAUGAAUUACGCGAAACAGAUUUAUGCACAAAAACAUCCUCAGAAUGCUCCAUGGUGUAACCGUUCUAAAUAUUCAGAUAGUAUUGUUAUUGCAGUGAAUAAUAUCACUUGGCAGAUGUAUAGUACAACUAAACAGAACUUGAUUAAUCUUGCAAAGGUGCUGUUUGGACAAAUUAACAAUUUCAAUAUGAACACUAGAACAAUGUUCGUCUCUGAGUACAGUUUAGUAGACAAAGUGUUUGAAGAUUAUCCACACACAGAAGUCGUUGAAAGAAUGGAAAAUAACACAAUAGAAGCAGUUUUAAGAGAUGAAAGAGAAAUUCUUUACAGAAAGCAAAUGAAUGAUAUGAUAGAACAGACUACUAAGAAAAUCACAUUUGAAGAAUUAUUGAGGAAUCAAUAUGAGAUUGAGCUGAAUUAUGAUGAAUAUUCAUUUUCAGACGAUUAA